GUGGCGAAGAUUUUUUACGGCGAGAACCGAUGUUGUAUGUAGAGGUUUACAAAGUCAUAUGGAGCUAAAAGAAAAUUUUGCCAUUAGCCGCAUUGAGUGGUUGGACUGUGGAUGCAUACAUGCAGUCUGAUUUCCUGAAUUUGGCAAUUAAGCAAGGCUGCAGGAAGGUAGUCAAAACCUAUCCCCCGUUCUCUAAUUAGAAAGCUUAGCUACUUCCAUCCAAAUUUCAGAGAAGACAUAUGCAUAGCUACCUACUCUCUUUUCUCAAGGGAGAUUAUUUAUUGUGUGUUUUUUAGGUAUACUAAAACUAAAGAUGGUUGAAUUAAAAUUUUGAUUUGCUUUAAAUUUUAGAACAUGGUGAGGUAGACAUGUAUGUAUUCGACAGUUAAUGAAAGAGGUCGUUCAUUAGUUGUGCUUGAUCCAGGGAAAAUAUCGGAUAGAUCAAAAUUAGUAGCCACUGUGAAGCUGACGCGUGGAUGUCAGAAAGUGAGACUGACUUUUAAGAUUAGCCUUGCGUCCGAUAGACAUUACAGAGAAGCUAGGAAUGUAAUACACAGAAGUAACUCCAACUCCAUUUUUGACACAUAUAUAUUUAUAUAUAUGUAUAUAUGUGUAUAUAUAUAUAUAUAUAGAGAGAGAGAGAGACAGACAGACAGACAGAGACAGAGAGAGAGUAGUGGUAGAAGCAGAAAAGAGAUAGCCAAAGAUGGAUUAGGCAGGGUUUCCAUUUCUCUUUUCUCUUUUAUAUAUAUAUGAUAUAUAUAUAUAUAUAUAUAUAAAGCUUUCUCUGUCUUUGCACUGUUCCUCUUUAUCUCUUUCUGUUUUGGUGCCCUAUAUCACAUGCCCACCCCCCUGAAAGAUGUUCAAUUCUUUACCAAGAGAAGAAGGGUGCUGCAGCUGGAGUUAGAGCUCUAGCUAGUGAGAGAGAGAGAGAGAGAGAGAGAGAGAGAGAGAGAGAGAGAGAGAGAGAGAAUAGAUAUAUAUAUAUAUAUAUAUAUAUAUAUAUAUAUAUAGAAAUAAAGAUGGGGAGAGGAAGAGUGGAACUGAAGAGGAUAGAGAACAAAAUCAACAGGCAGGUGACAUUUGCCAAGAGAAGGAAUGGGCUUCUCAAGAAGGCUUACGAACUUUCUGUUCUCUGCGAGGCUGAAGUCGCCCUCAUCAUCUUCUCUAACCGCGGCAAGCUCUAUGAGUUCUGCAGCAGCUCUAGCAUGGUGGAAACACUUGAGAGGUACCAAAAGUGCAGUUAUGGUGCCUUGGAAGCUAGCAGACCAAUCAAUGAGACACAGAGCAGCUACCAGGAGUAUUUGAAGUUGAAGGCAAGAGUUGAGGCCCUACAACGAUCUCAAAGAAACCUUCUCGGGGAAGACUUAGGACCUCUGAACACAAAGGAGCUUGAGCAGCUUGAGCAUCAACUUGAAUCAUCCUUAAAGCAAAUUAGGUCUACAAAGACUCAAUGCAUGCUUGAUCAGCUUGCUGACCUUCAGAGGAGGAUGCAAAUGCUUGUUGAAACUAACAGGGCAUUGAGAAGCAAGUUGGAAGAAAGCAGCCCAGGAAUUCCCCUGCAACCAUCGUGGGACAUCAGAGGACAGAACAGUAUCCCCUACAGCCGCCUUCCUGUUCACUCUGAGGGUUUCUUUCAGCCUUUAGGAGGGUGCACUUCUGCAUUGCAAAUUGGAUUCAAUCCUAUUAGUUCAGAUGAGAUGAAUGUUGCAGCGCCACCGCAAAAUGUUAAUGGGUACGUUCAUGGGUGGAUGCUUUGAAUUUGAAGCUCACAAAGAUCAAUGUCUGCAUAUGGGUAUCGCUGGCUUUUCUUUUUUUUUUUUGUGCGUGCAAUUUGCAAUUAUUAUCAUAUAUCGAUAUGUUAGAAACAAUAAAUGUGAUUGUAUAGGUUGAAUGUGUGUCUAUUAUUAACUUCCACAUAGGGACCAUAUACUUAAACUCCUAGGGUAACCAUGCAAGAACUUUGUGGUGUGUAUUAUAAGGAACACACAAUUGUAAUAUUUUUGGAUAAUUAUGAUUGAUUUAUUGUAUAA